AUGGAUAUUAAUAUGUCAUUCUUUACGGGGUUAGGAUGUGGUAUUUGUAUAGGAAUUUCGUUGUUAGCACUUAGAAAGUAUUUUGGUAUAGUUUCCGACACUGCUAAAACUGUGAAAAAGUUCUCAUCAGACUCCGAAUACAAGCUUGUUCUAGUAGUCCGAACAGAUUUAAACAUGGGCAAAGGCAAAAUGGCAGCACAGUGCAGUCAUGCAGCGGUAGGUGCUUUUGAGAAGGCCCAAAAGAAAGACCCUGAAGGCCUUAAAUGUUGGCAAAUGACUGGUCAGGCCAAAAUAGCUUUAAAGACUGAUUCCGUAGAUGAAAUUAAACAAAUCGCAGAUAAUGCCAAAAAGAUGGGCCUCAUCACAUCUUUAAUAAAGGAUGCAGGAAGGACACAAAUAGCACCAAACUCAAUUACAGUUUUAGGAGUAGGUCCAGCACCCAAAGACAUAGUUGAUAAGGUGACUGGUCAUUUGAAGUUGCUC